UCUGAAGCCACAUUGGACGGCUGGGCGUGGCCGAGUAGCCCGGGGGGCGGGGCGCAGGCGGGGCUCCACGGUGCCCAGCCAGGCAGCAACCCGCAGGGGCUGUGGCUGCUCAACUUCUCCUAGCGUGGAGAGAGAAUCUACCCGGUGGAUCCCUUCUCCCCUUCCUGCGUGUAGUGGUCACUGCGAUUCCAGCAGGCCAGAUUCAGAUGGGCUUGGUGUGGUGGGUCUAGCCGGGGACUAAUGCCCCAGGACCUUCGAGAGAAGAGCCAGGCCUACCCCCGACACCGACCUGGUAGCAACGCAGGCCCUAAAAGUCUCAAAGUCAUCCCAGCAGCAACCAUGUACACUUUCCUGCCUGACAAUUUUUCACCUGCCAAACCCAAGCCCACCAAAGAGCUGAGGCCUCUGCUGGGCUCGGCGUUAUUGGGACUGCUGCUGGUGCUGGCGGCCGUUGUGGCCUGGUGCUACUACAGCGCCUCGCUACGCAAAGCCGAACGCCUGCGUGCAGAGCUGCUGGACCUGAACCGUGGUGGCUUCUCCAUCCGUAACCAGAAGGGUGAGCAAGUCUUCCGCUUGGCCUUCCGUUCGGGUGAGCUGGACCUUGACUCUUGCAGCCGGGAGGGUGCCCUGCUUGGCUGCUCCCGAACGGCCGAUGGGCGCCCGUUGCACUUCUUCAUCCAGACCGUACGACCCAAGGACACUGUCAUGUGCUACCGCGUGCGCUGGGAGGAAACCACCCCAGGGCGUGCUGUGGAGCACGCCAUGUUUCUGGGAGACGCGGCGGCGCACUGGUAUGGCGGCGCAGAGAUGAGGACGCAGCACUGGCCUAUCCGCCUGGAUGGCCAUCAGGAGCCGCAGCCCUUUGUCACUAGCGACGUCUACUCUUCUGACGCCGCAUUCGGGGGCAUCCUAGAGCGCUACUGGCUGUCUUCACGCGCGGCCGCCAUCAAAGUCAAUGACUCAGUGCCCUUCCACCUGGGCUGGAACAGCACCGAGCGUUCCAUGCGGCUCCAGGCACGCUACCACGAUACAUCUUACAAGCCACCAGCUGGCGGUACCGCAGCGCCAGAGCUCAGCUAUCGCGUGUGCGUGGGCUCAGACGUCACCUCCAUCCACAAGUACAUGGUUCGGCGUUACUUCAACAAGCCAUCCAGGGUACCAGCAGCAGAGGCCUUCCGAGACCCCAUCUGGUCCACGUGGGCGCUGUAUGGGCGCGCCGUGGACCAGAACAAGGUGCUGCAGUUCGCCCAGCAGAUCCGCCAGCACCGCUUCAACAGCAGCCACCUGGAAAUCGAUGACAUGUACACACCCGCCUAUGGCGACUUCGAUUUCGACGAGGGCAAGUUCCCCAAUGCCACGGACAUGUUCCGCCGCCUGCGGGAGGCUGGCUUCCGCGUCACCCUUUGGGUGCAUCCGUUCGUCAACUACAACUCGUCGCGCUUCGGCGAGGGCGUGGAGCGUGAGCUGUUCGUGCGCGAGCCCACGGGCCGGCUGCCGGCGCUGGUGCGCUGGUGGAACGGCAUCGGCGCGGUACUGGACUUCACGCGGCCAGAGGCCCGAGACUGGUUCCAGGGACACCUACGGCGCCUGCGCUCACGCUACAACGUGGCCUCCUUUAAGUUCGACGCGGGUGAGGUCAGCUAUCUGCCCCGGGACUUCAGCACCUACAGGCCUCUGUCCGACCCCAGUGUGUGGAGCCGGCGGUACACCGAGAUGGCGUUGCCCUUCUUCUCGCUAGCCGAGGUCCGCGUCGGGUACCAGUCCCAGAACAUCUCCUGCUUCUUCCGCCUGGUGGACCGCGACUCGGUAUGGGGCUACGACCUGGGGCUGCGCUCUCUUAUCCCCGCCGUGCUCACGGUCAGUAUGCUGGGCUAUCCGUUCAUCCUGCCGGAUAUGGUGGGUGGCAACGCGGUGCCGGAGCGCACAGCCGGCCGCCAAGAGGGGCCGGGGCCGGAGCGCGAGCUCUACGUGCGCUGGCUGGAGGUGGCGGCCUUCAUGCCCGCCAUGCAGUUUUCGAUCCCGCCCUGGCAGUACGACGCAGAAGUGGUAGCCAUCGCACACAAGUUCGCCGCUCUGCGCGCCUCGCUCGUGGCGCCACUGCUGCUCGAGCUGGCUGGUGAGGUCACCGACACUGGCGACCCCAUCGUGCGCCCCCUGUGGUGGAUCGCACCGGGGGAUGAAACGGCUCACCGCAUCGACUCGCAGUUCCUCAUUGGGGAUACGCUGCUGGUGGCGCCGGUGCUGGAGCCUGGUAAGCAGGAGCGCGACGUCUAUCUGCCCGCCGGCAAGUGGCGCAGCUACAAGGGUGAGCUUUUUGACAAGACGCCGGUGCUGCUCACGGAUUACCCCGUCGACCUGGACGAGGUCGCCUAUUUCACCUGGGCGUCCUGACCCAUUUCAAGACCUAGGAAUCCCACAGUCCUAACCCCAGCCUUCAUGCAGAUUUUUAAUUCUUUACCACACCCGAAUGGUGCACCCUCGGGAAGUCCCCACCUCUAUUCCGCCUAGGAAAUGGGCACUGAUGUAGAAGUGCUCCAGCCAACAGCUGUAGGUGAGACCUGGGACAAGUACCGAAGCAACCUCCUCCUGUCCCAGUGCACAAUCCUAACAGCCCCCACGGCGGCCCGGACAUUCACUCCAGUCUUUAGAAACCUCUUCCCUGGGUUGGAGGCCCGAGAAUUCAGAGGACAAAGGUCUGUUCUUUCUGUUACACAGGGUCUGGUUUUAAGAGCACACAGAGAAACCUCUCCGUCCCCUGGCCUUUGUAGCCAUCUUUGUCCUCUGAGAUGAGGAACCGAUUCUCUGCAAAAAUUCCCCAAUAGUUUCCUACCAUAUUUAGAAAGUGUACCUUUAGCUGGGCGAUGGUGGUGCACACCUUUAAUCCCAGCACUUGGGAGGCAGAGGCAAGUGGAUCUCCGAGUUCAAGGCCAUCCUGGCCUACAGAGCCAGUUCCAGGACAGCCAAAGCUACACAGAGAAACCAUGUCUCGAAAAACAAAAAAAAAAAAAAGAAAAGAAAGUAUACGUUCUUGGUGACAGCAGCUAGGCCCUGAGUUCCCAGCACACAUCUGAGCAGUGAUUGACCUGGUCCCAGAUGGAAGAAAGAUACAGAUGUUUGGUUUGGCCAGCUGACAAGGAAGCAAAAGGUCUCUUCCUAAGCAGCAGGAGAGCUGGGCUCAGCCUGGACUAAUUGUCUCUGUGAAGAGACUCAGAACACUGCACUAACCUGUUUGUGUAUAUACUGGACUCAACUUUGGACCCAGCCCUGGGCCAGAAGUGCCUAAUGGGCAGACUUGCAGGGCCAUGCAGGUCAGACUCAUGCCUUAAUUCAAGAACUUGUGUCUAUGUGUGUAUGUGUACACAUACUCGUAUCUGAGAGAGGGGUGGGGGAGAGGAGAGAGGUGCCCACCAUGGAUCUCUGAGUCCACAGAAUGAACGGAAUAUCUCUGAGGCUGGAUAAGCCUAGAGGGAGGAGGAUGCAGGAACCAACUCAAGGCUUUGAUUGUUGAGCGCGUUCCAGAUGGUUUCCCUAGGAGAAUGUCAGCCCCAGUUUAAGAGUUCAAAACACAGGUUGGGGAUUUAGCUCAGUAGCAAGCGCAAAGCCCUGGGUUCGAUCCUCAGCUCAAAAAAAAAAA